AUGGGGGUGUUAACUUUGGAUGAAAACGUCCUCUGUCUCAGUUUGGUGAUUCAGACUCAUCUCUCGGCUCUGGUCUCCCCUCUCCCCUGCUCUCUCAUCUCUCCCCUGGCCUUCUCUCCCUCCUUCCCCUGCUCUAUCCAACCUCUCCCCUGGCCUCCCCUCUCUCCUCUGGCCUCCUCUCUCUCCUCUGGCCUCCCCUCUCUCCCCUGGCCUCCUCUCUCUCCCCUGGUCUCUCCCCUCUCUUCCCUGGCCUCCUCUCUCUCCCCUGGCCUCCCCUCUCUCCUCUGGUCUCUCCCCUCUCUCCCCUGGCCUCCUCUCUCUCCCCUGGCCUCCCCUCUCUCCUCUGGCCUCCCCUCUCCCCUGGCCUCCUCUCUCUCCCCUGGUCUCUCCCCUCUCUCCUCUGGCCUCCCCUCUCCCCUGGCCUCCCCUCUCUCCCCUGGCCUCCUCUCUCUCCCCUGGUCUCUCCCCUCUCUCCCCUGGCCUCCUCUCUCUCCCCUGGUCUCUCCCCUCUCUCCCCUGGCCUCGUCUCUCUCCCCUGGCCUCCCCUCUCUCCCCUGGCCUCCUCUCUCUCCCCUGGUCUCUCCCCUCUCUCCCCUGGCCUCCUCUCUCUCCCCUGGUCUCUCCCCUCUCUCCCCUGGCCUCCUCUCUCUCCCCUGGCCUCCCCUCUCUCCCCUGGCCUCCUCUCUCUCCCCUGGUCUCUCCCCUCUCUCCUCUGGCCUCCCCUCUCCCCUGGCCUCCUCUCUCUCCCCUGGCCUCCCCUCUCUCCCCUGGCCUCCUCCUCUCUCCCCUGGUCUCUCCCCUCUCUCCUCUGGCCUCCCCUCUCUCUUCUCUCUCCCCUCUCCCUGGUGUCGUCCUCCUCGUUUGCCUGUGUAA